UCUUUUCCUUACUAUUCUACAGUAUAAAUCUUGCUCUAAUUUGCCACUGUUCGAAUUUAAGGUGGUAGGAGUGGYGUGGAUGUUUUUUGAUUGAAAAAAUGGUCCCAUUUGUAUUAUUUUUUGGGCAAAAGCUUCGUAAUUUCUAAGAAGUAUCCGUGACUUUUACUGAGUUCGCGUGAUAGUCUAAAAAAGCUAUUUAGAGACAAAAUUAGUGAAAUUUUAUUAUUGUCCUCGAGAGAACAUCUAAAAAAUGGGUCAUUACAAAAUUUUGAGGCAAAAUAACGCCUUUUAACAGAAAUACGAGCGAUCGAAAAUUCAGUCGCUUGCUGUCCAGAUUCUACCUGCUGGUCAAUUGGUUCCACUUGGAUUCCAAAUUUCAAACUAUCUUUCUGGAUUCUGGUUUCAAAUCAUAUCCGAAUCCCAGGAUUAGAACUUAACGUUUUUAAAGYUAUUCCAACAGCAUCCAUGAAAAUUGAAAAAAGCGUGGAUACUUAUGCCGAUAUUUGACUGGAGAGAACACGUAAUAAGAGAUGGCACUCUGGACGUCUCGUUCACCCCGUAUCAUCUUUUUGUUUGUUUUCAUUUUGCAAACCGCUGUACUCCUGUUCGUGAMCUAUGAAAAAACAGACACUUGCGACUUAAAAUUUCUAAACAGGAWUGCCUGUCAWAUAUUGGAAGAACGCUUGUCAGAAGCCCUCCAGGACCUCGCUGAAAUCAAGUCAGAGUUGAUUAAACUCCAGCCAAGUGCAGCUGACUCGACAACUCCUAAAAAGCCAAGUCCUCAACCACUAAUAAGAACACCACCUCUACCAACACCAYUUCCUUAUGAUAACAUUCAAUUUGGAAAGUUGGUAACUAUUAUUUUGUAUCGCGAUAAGAAGAUAACAAAGUCAUGCUUGGAAGGCAAAAAGCAGAAACUGCAACAGCUAAUUCCAAAUGUGAAUGUCCUGGUUCCUGGCAAUAGCGAAGCAACUGUCGGUGUCCAGUUCAACUCUCUCAUAUUCGAUGUCAAAACCAAGUAUUUUUUCUUUCUCAACGCCAAAUACGACAUUGUCUACCCUACGUCUGCUUCGCAUGGUGUCGGGUGGCUUAUUGAUGCAUUAGAAAACAUUCCAGAACUAGAUUUUGUGAGUGGAUCCAUACUUGAGCAGGAUAAAUUGGAAAUCCCAUGUUAUCGUCUUACGUUGUGUAACUGGACACUUUCCCAGAGCUACGAGUACCAUCGAUCGAUUGGAGAAGUAAUGAUAUGCGACGAAAUAGCUUCAUCGUUUAUAGGAAGAACAACAAGUGUGUCAAAACGUUUGAAUGAGAAAAACCUCACGUUUGAUGGAUCAUUAACGUCCAUGUCGAUAACGGACUUUUUCCUUCAAGCCAAGAAAGCAGGAUUAGUGAGUGGGGUUCUUCCAGACGUGUAUAUGGGAGCAUCAAACGACAACACCUGCUCAGCAACCUUGGCAGAGGAAAGACGGGAACAGUACCUAAAUCGUCUUCCAUUUGCACACAAGCACAAGGUGUUCCGUUUUAGAAAUAUCGAUAUGAAGGAAUUGGACUUAUGUGAUCUUCAUUCUAGUCCAAUUAUUGGUGAAGACAURUGUGAUGAAAAGAUAGCCCACAAGGUAAUGCUAGAUGGCAGUCAUUGGACUAGCCAAGGGACGUUUGCGUACCCAUUCAUAGUAAAGAACUUGCAACACUGUUUAUUCGAAGUUACAGAUUUUCUUGCUUGGAAGAAUGUUUCUCACACAGUUGUGGCUGGUGUGGCGUUAGGCGCAGUAAAGGUCCGAGGAGUCUUACCGUGGGAUUCUGGCGACAUCGACAUGAUUGUUUACGGAAUCAGCAAAUCUGAACUCUAUGAACUUUUUCGAGGAUACAGGAAAUUUAGCAACUACCUAGUAGACGAGUUAUCUGACCAAAUACAUGUUUUUUGUGCCACUCGAAAAACUGCAUGGAAAGUGGGGGGGAUAGUAACAAUUUUUUUCGAAGAUYCAAAACCGGAAGUAAUCCAAAUGAAGACAAACGGUAAAUGGGUGUACUACAAUAAAGAGGUGUUCAAGGACCUUAGAAAAGCGUACGGUCGCAACUACUUGGAGCACAAGAUGAUGCACGCUUCUUUACACAAAUAUACAGAAAGAACUCAUUGUAGAAAAGAAGGACACAAUGCUUGCUUGCCAGAUUCCAGAUUGAAUUCUGGCACUUUAAAAGAACAUUUUUGUAGAUUAUGAUAGGUAGUGCAACCUUGCAAUUUCUAAAUAGAAAUCCGGGGGGGGGGGAGGUACUCCCGUAUAUUUACUAUACGGGUAUGUGCCGCGCGAUAGGGUCUCUUUCUCGGAGCUCCAAGUCUGGGAUAGGGUAUCAUUUUUUGCCCAUUUGUCUGGUUUAGGGUAGUAGUUUUGUCUG